ACCAACGGGCAUUCGCACGAAAUCUCACUCUCUCUCACAUAGCCACAGUAACUGAACUCAAUACCAAACAGAGACCAAGAUGGCCGAGCAAACUUUCAUCAUGAUCAAGCCCGAUGGCAUUCAAAGAGGCCUCGUUGGGGAGAUUAUUAGCAGGUUUGAGAAGAAGGGUUUCUACUUGAAAGGUUUGAAAUUUGUGAAUGUGGAGCGUGCUUUUGGUGAGAAGCACUAUGCAGAUUUGUCUGCAAAGCCUUUCUUUAGCGGAUUGGUGGAUUACACUAUCUCUGGCCCUGUUGUUGCCAUGAUCUGGGAGGGUAAGAAUGUUGUGACAACCGGAAGAAAGAUAAUCGGUGCCACAAAUCCUGCUCAAUCUGAGCCUGGAACUAUCCGUGGUGACUUUGCCAUUGACAUUGGCAGAAAUAUUAUUCAUGGAAGUGAUGUUGUUGAAAGUGCUAACAAGGAAAUUGCUCUGUGGUUCCCUGAGGGUGCUGCUAACUGGCAAAGCAGCCUUCACUCUUGGAUCUAUGAGUAAAGAUCAAAUAUGUGGUUGAUUUUGAAUCUGCCCUAUUUUUAUCUGUUAAAUUUUAUUAAGUCUGUUUUGUGUCUUGGUUUGGAUGUCAAGUCUCUUUAUGUUGUU